UAAUUCACACAAAAAACAAACACUCCACACCUUAAUAAAAAAACACACACUCGGACACAAAAACUUCAUUUCAAUCAAACAAUGUCAUCAUCAAUCAAAGAAGAAGAAAUAACAUUCAUAUCAUCAUCAACAACAAACACAGCAGUUGCAGCAGCUGCUUCAUCUUCAUCAUCUUCUUCACCUCGUCCCAAAGAAGGGCUUCACGAGGUGGGACCGCCGCCAUUUCUGACCAAAACAUUUGACAUGGUUGAAGAUCCUGCGACUGAUGCUGUUGUUUCUUGGAGCAAAUCAAGAAACAGCUUUGUGGUUUGGGAUUCUUAUAAGUUUUCUACUACUUUGCUUCCUAAGUUCUUUAAACAUAGUAAUUUCUCUAGCUUCAUUCGCCAGCUCAAUACUUAUGGUUUUAGAAAAGUGGAUCCGGAUAGAUGGGAAUUUGCGAAUGAAGGGUUUCUCGGCGGACAAAGGCAUCUUCUGAAGACUAUCAGAAGAAGAAGAAAUGUGGCGCAAUCGACCCAAGUGAAGCAAGAAUUCGGUCCUUGUAUCGAAGUAGGUCAGUAUGGAAUUGAGGAAGAGCUUGAAGGACUGAAAAGGGACAGGAGUUUGUUAAUGGCCGAGAUUGUAAGGCUGAGGCAACUACAGCAGCACUCAAAAGACCAGCUUGUGGCAAUGGAAAACCGGUUGAGAAACACGGAAAGAAAACAACAAAACAUGAUGGGUUUCCUUGCAAAAGCGUUUAGUAACCCCGAGUUCCUACAGAGGUACAAGGAUAAGUAUGCGAACAGGGAACAAGAACAUAUUGAAAUUGGUCGGAAAAGGCGGUUAACAUUGACACCGAGUGUGGAGAAUUUGCAAGAAGUUGGUGUUGGUGGUAUUGAAGACAUUCAAGCAGAUGUCGAUCAGUUGUUUGCCGCCCCUGUUGAAGCUGAAUCAAGCAGUGAUGUUGGUAAUCAAGGAGAUAUUUCGAGCUUGGUGGAGGAUGAGUCUCAUGAGAAUUUGUGGGAGGAACUCUUGAACGUGGAUCUUCCGACCGAGAAGCACCCUGAAGACUUGCUCGAUGAUUUAGAUGCUCAACAGCUUGAUUGGGAUGAGGAUUUGCAAGAACUAGUGGAUCAAAUGGAGUAUUUAAGGUCAUCCAAUGCUUGACUGUUUGAUUGAAGUGAUUCUUGUUGAGAAUUUUUAGGUUAGAAUUUGUGGGUCUCUCUGCAAGUCCACCUCCUCUUUAGUAGAGUACGAGUCAAAGAAGCAUAUGAUUCUAUAAUGUUGUGGGGAGAUUGUGGAAUUGCAAGGAGGCCUAGCUGCUGUCAUCUUGUAUCCUUUUAUUGAUUUCUGUUUAUUUAGAUUCCAUGUUAUGAUUGUAAGCUUUUCGGGAAUAUAUAGUCCUGGAGCUUGUUGAUUUAUCACCUCUGUUUGAUUCAUCUUUGCAGGGACCAAAGAACCACAAGGAGAAGUUCACGGGUUCUGGAUUAGUUAUGCGUGGAAUGAAGAUAUGAGGUCGGUCUUCUGUAAAAAAUCUUAACAGGGUGUGUUUUAUUCUGCUAUGUUGCAUUGUAAGAGCUAGAGUUGGGUAUGAGUUGAAAACUUUUGUUAACAACUGAUUUUGUGAAUGUUUUGUGUUUGAAGAUUUGAUCACAAUUCAAGUUGUACUUUCUUCGGUUAACUGUAUAUUGUACCUCUUUAGGUAAUUGUCUCUUUUACAAAACUAAUGGGUCAUGAUUAGUUGUCUAGUUCACUUAAUGCUAUGCAAGCUGCACGUUAUUGAAAGCUUUCUGGUAAAGAACUGCUUUCUGUGGACGUGUUUGUGUUCGGGGCCUUGAUAGCAACACGAGUAGUACCUUUUGCUAGUUACUGGAUAUGUUCAAACAUCAUCACCUAGAUCGCAACCAGAGAUUUAUAUGCUUUGCCUCCUAUGGAUGUUAAUAGGUCAGUGGAUAACUUUAGCAAGACGGAUUUGAAAAUAGGAUAAGUGCCCUCCCAAAUGUGUCUAGAAUGUCACUUUAUCGUGUUCUAUAAAGGCAUAUGGCACCAUCAAUGGGAGAUUUAUUACCCAACAUACCCCGAGCAAGGGGAAUUAUAUUUUCGAACAACUUUAGGAUAGGCUUUUGAUCUGUUCUCAACGUAGAAUGCAAGACGGAAAGCAUAAGCUCUGACCUCGAGUCAGCAAUAUGUCUCCCUAGAAGCUUGAGUGGGAAACUAUGCGCAGAAUGUGAACAAUAGUGCACAAAAUACUAUUUUGCUUGAAGUACUCUGAUGCAUCAUUCGAUGAAGAAACAACAUCUUAGUGAACCCCAAACACUCUGGCUUGUAGCUGGUGCUCUUUCGUCCACCUUUCAUAGGAUGACUUGGUGGUGUUGAUUGUUGGAGUACCAUCGCUUCCGUACAACUUUAGUGUAGCAAUUUUAUGAAUAUUUGCGUUUUCAGUUUCUGAUUGUCUCCGAAUUUUAAUCAAGAAAGAGAAAAAAAGAUUUUAAAGAUA